AUGAUUUCCACUAUCUCUAGCUUCUUCCUAUGUACACGGGAAUUCGAGAGCUCUCCACGCGAUGCUGCUGUUGAAGGUGCAAGGCGCCUGUGGAACGAAUGCAUUCAGCAUCCUUCCACGGUUAUCGAACGAGCAAAUUAUUCGGGCCUUCAUAUCAAAUGCUCUGAUCUUGGCGGAGAUCAGAUAGCUGCGAAAUCUCGAUUCUUCGCACCCCUUGGGGAGAAUGUCAUUCCCUUGCCCCAUCUCGAGGAUAAAGACACCCUAAAGACGCUCGAAGAUCAACGCAAAUAUCGCAGAUCGAUCAAGGAAAACCCUAUGGCCCAUGAUAUCGGCAGCCAGACACAAGGCCUCGUGAAUAUUAUCCGGGUGAUGUUUCAGGUUAUUCUACGUGAUACGACGCAGAUUGCGUCGGGGAAAUACCUGUCGUUGCAAUCUGCCACCGGCUGGCAGAUUAGAGAGGUCGUCCCAUUCAUAAUCAACGAGCAAUUCCUCCGAUCAUGCGUCGAUCCACCGGUCCCGGCGUACGCUUACGUCUACAACGAUGGGAAGCCCACUGGCAAAUUCAUACAUUCUCACACCAUCAUUGCGCUCGAGAUAUGCGAGGAGCCUGGUGAGAGGCUGACUCGCUUGGAGGCUCUCGCUAUUAUUGCAGUGACUAUUACACGCCUAGAGGGUGAUAACCUCCCCAAACGAUGCAAGACGGUCCCUGUCAUGGUCAUCAGCACGUUUGGAAGGAUGAAAGCUCGAAUCUUGACCGCACACUACGAAUCCGAAGAACUGAUCAUUAGGAAGACGCCCUUGCUCGAUUUUGCAGAAGAUGGACCAGCGGAGGCCAACAUGGCUCUCUUUAUGAGGUGUAUGGCCUCUAAGGCUAUUGAUGGUCCACCAGUAACACCGACAACCGCUACUUACCCAGGAGCUCCCCACAACACGCCUACGUCACCGCUGCAAGAUCGCGUGUCUAUGUCCUCCACAACUUCACAAGACGGAUCGGAGGCCAUUAUCACUUCCAGGAUUAGGAAUGCCAAUGAAAGCGACACCAACGGGAAAAGGCCCACACCCAUUGAGGUACUUUACAGUUGGCAGGAUGAUCUCAGUGACUAA